AUGUCAAGCACAGCAACAAUCAGCCAAAUUGCACAGAUUGCUAGUCAGCAUGGAGAUCUACAGCUCCGAGACACAGCCCAUGAUGCUGAAUCCAACCGUGUAUAUGUUCCGGUUUACUCCAGAUUUGGCAACGCUCAAAAGAGAUCCAUGACUGUAUUUCUUGCGUACUGUGGUCUGGUCGCCACCACCUCAACAACCAGCAUCCUCACUGCAAUACCGGAAAUCGUUGACAGCUUUCACAUCAAAGCGACCAUCGUUAGCGGGAGCAAUGCGGUGUGCCUCUUGUUCAUGGGCUUCUCUGCCUGCUUCUGGGGUCCAUGGGCCGACACAUUUGGACGCAAAUCAGCAUAUCUCGGCAGCACUGCUCUGUUCUUCUUGAGCUCGCUCGGCACAGCACUCUCCCAAUCUCUGGAAGCAUUCUUCUUCUUCCGUGCACUCUCAGCUUGCCAGGGAAGUGCGUUUCUGGUUCUAGGGUCAAGUAGUAUUUCGGACAUCUACCACCCAACAGAGCGAGCAACAUCACUUGGAUGGUUCUUGACCGGUGUAAUGGUCGGCCCUGCAUUUGGACCAAUUCUCGGCGGCAUUAUUGUAACCUUUACAUCCUGGAGAGUCAUCUUUUGGUUACAGAUGGCUAUGUGUGGCUUGGCUCUUCUCAUGGGGUUAUUUGUUCUCCAAGAAACCCUUCAGCAGCCUCGGUUUUUGGAGCUCAAAGGCCGGGGAUUCCGAGAUAUUUCGGCAACUUUUUGGCAGUGGACAAACCCAAUAGGGAUUAUCAAGUUAUGGGGCCACAAGAACCUGUUAUGCGUGAGCUUGGCUUCGUCAGCCUUGGUUUGGAACAUGUACUCACUACUAACCCCCAUCCGUAUCGUGCUGAAUCCACGACUCAACCUUACAAGCCCUUUGGAGUCUGCACUGCUUUACAUUGCACCCGGAGCAGGAUACUUCGUCGGUACUCUUAUUGGAGGCCGGUGGGCUGAUCGAGUCGUCAAGCCUUGGGUGCGCAAGCGCGGCGUCCGGGUGCCCGAAGACCGUCUCCGUAGCAGUUUGGUAUUCAUGGGCGUUAUACUCCCGAGUUCGAUGCUCCUGUACGGAUUGGCUGUAGAUCAGAGGAUUGGUAUUGUACCUCUUCCUGUGAUCUGCAUGUUCUUCCACGGAGUUGCACAGCUGGCUGCUUUUCCCAGUUUGAACACUUACAUUCUCGAUGUAAUGCAGCGUAGAAGCGGUCAGGCUUCAGCAAGUCAUUAUCUUAUGAGAUAUAUGUUUGCCGGAGUUUCCACUGCUUCCUGCUUGCCGAUGAUUGAUAGCAUCGGAGUGGGUUGGACAUCAACCAUCUCAUCUGCAAUGCUCUUUAUCUGCGCCGGCCUUGUGCUUCUCACUAUUUCGGCUGGUAAAAGUUGGCGCGAGGGUCCUUCUUCCGAGGAUUGA